GCUGCCCACAAAUAUUUUGAUACCGCGACGCGAAGAGAAACCCAAGAAAAUGCGACGCAGAACAGUGUCGGUAUAAAGUUAAACAGAAAAGCUCCAAGUCCAAAACUCUCGCGGCAGUUUGUCUAGUGAAAAGAGUGAAAAUUCCCAGUGAAGGAUAUUGUCUAGUAAAGAGAUAUAAAAUUGAGGAAAUUGAGAAAAUCUCGCUGAAAUGGAGCGACAGAAUUCGGCUGGAAAUUCCUUGGCGAUCCAAAGGCCAAACGUCCUUUCAUCCCUCUACAGUGUCCUCUUCAUCCUGAGCUCGCUUCUCGUGGGAUUUGCAGCCUUUCGAAACACCCUCACUUGGCAUCUUCAGCGCUUCUGGGGCGCCUCUGGAGACUUCUGGCAAUCGCAGUGGGACAAAUUCCUCGACAUAACAGGCGAGGAUGACUUCACGCUGUGGGUCGUGGGCAGCACGGCGCUCACGAUCUUCGUCUACUGGUUCUUCGGCGGCCUGUACACCAUCAUGGACUUGACGAACAAGCCGGCCGUGCUGCGGCGCUACAAGAUCCAGCCGGGCACGAACGAGCCCGUGGACAGGAAGAGACUCAUGGAAGUCAUCGUGACGGUGCUGAUCAACCAGUUCGUGGUGGGCAUUCCGAUGAAUCUCCUGGCGUACAAGGUGAUGACGUUCAGGGGAAUUGUGCCCAAUCGCGAGCUGCCCACGUUCCACUGGGUGCUGCUGGAGUUGGCCGUGUGCAUCCUGGUGGAGGAGAUUGGCUUCUACUACUCCCAUCGGCUGCUGCACAGCAAGCACAUCUACAAGUUCAUCCACAAGCAGCAUCACGAGUGGACAGCACCAAUCUCCGUCACGGCAGUCUAUUGCCAUCCGAUCGAGCACGUCUUCAGCAAUCUGCUGCCGCCCUUCCUGGGCGUGCUGAUCAUGGGCAGCCACGUGGCCACGGCCUGGCUCUGGUUCUCCCUGGCCAUCCUGUCCACCCUCAAUGCUCACUCCGGCUACCAUUUGCCCUUCUUUCCGAGCCCGGAAGCUCACGACUUCCACCAUCUCAAAUUCAACAACUGCUUCGGCGUCCUGGGCGUCCUGGAUCGUCUGCACGGCACAGAUUCUCUCUUCCGACACACCAAAGCCUACGCCAGGCACAUCAUGAUGCUGAGCUUCACGCCGCCACGCGAGGCUUUCCCGGAUUCACCCAAGAAGUCCAUGUAAUCAGACAACGCAGAAAAUGACACAGAGAUUUCUUGUGAUUAAGUAAAUAUUGUGAUAGCUAGAAGAUUAUACAGGAGAGGAAGAAAACAUAGGGACGAACGACACAUUCUUAUACUGGUCACGCGACACCCAAAAAGUCUUUAAACGUUUCUUUCGCUUGUGGGGCUUUUUUUUUCGAUGCACGAUGAAUAAAUUUGGUGCGUUUAAAUGUGAGAGCUUAA